UCUGUUAAAGAAAAAUUUAACUCAACCUCAUAUUAUGGUGCUGUCUGAUGUGCACAAUGCAUUUGUUCCCCUUUUGGAUGGAUUUCUUGUAACAUUGUCUGAAGCUGAAGCACUUGUUGACUGUUUAAUGGAACAUAUACCUCGCUUGUUUAUAAAUGAACCUGCUACUGAAAUUAUAUUGGGUCCUGUCAUUCAAGUAGGCCUUGAAGCACUGAAGAAUGCUAACUGUUCUGGAAAACUGCUAGUAUUUCAUUCAACUAUACCUAAUGCAGAUGCUCCUGGAAAAUUACCUCACAGAGAAGGACAAAAAUUAUUGGGAACUGACAAACAAAAGAUAGCUUUGUCUCCUCAGAAUGACUUUUAUAGUAAACUGGCCCAAGAAUGUGUUGCAGCUGGCUGUGCUGUAGAUCUUUUCUUUUUCCCCUCUGCUUAUGUUGAUAUUGCCAGCAUAAGUCCUUUGUGCAAGCACACUGGAGGACAGAUGUAUAAAUAUACAUACUUCCAGUCCCAUAUUGAUGGUGAUAGAUUUCUUGAAGAUCUUGAAAGAAACAUAACUACAACGACAGCUUUUGAUGCUGUAUUACGAAUACGAACAAGUGCUGGUAUCAGUCCUGUAUUUUAUUAUGGGAAUUUCUAUAUGUCAAAUGCUACAGAUAUUGAACUGAGUGCAUUAGACUGCCAUAAGGGAAUAACAGUUGAAUUUGCAUAUGAUGAUAAGCUCCCAGAAAAUGAGACUGUAUUCAUACAAGCUGCCUUGCUGUAUACCACCUGUACAGGUGAAAGACGGAUUCGUGUUCACAAUCUUGCAAUUGCUACUUCAAUCAAUAUGCCUGAUAUGUUCAGAUGUUGUGAGCUAGACACCAUUAUAAAUUUCUUUGCAAAACAAGCUUUAAAGCAGCUUUUAGAUCACAGUCCACAACAGUUGAAGAACAAUAUUAUAAACAGAACUGUCAAAAUUUUGACAUGUUAUCGGAAACAUUGUGCCACCAGUUCUGUUUCUGGACAGUUAAUUCUGCCAGACAAUUUAAAACUUCUCCCUCUUUAUAUUAACUGUGUGCUGAAAAGUGAUGCUGUUGCUGGAGGUCCUGAUAUGGCCUUGGAUGAUCGCAGCUUUGCAAUGUUAGCUGUGAAUAGCAUGGAUGUUAAAAGCACUGCCAUUUAUUUUUAUCCUAAUCUCAUCCCUCUUCAUGAAGUAGAUCCAGAUGCAGAAAGUGUGCCAAGUCUCGUAAGGUGCUCAAUUGAGAAACUGCACGAUAGUGGAGUUUAUCUAUUAGAAAAUGGAAUCUACAUGUUCCUUUGGAUAGGACAAGCAGUUUCUCCAAAGUGGCUUGAAGACGUGUUUGGUGUUCAAAGUACUAAUUUAGUAGAUAAACAAAAGACUUCCUUACCUGAACUAAAUACUCCUCUGUCUAAAAAGAUUCGCCAAAUAGUAGAAGAUAUUGAAGAAGGACGACAGUGGUAUAUGAGGCUUACAGUCAUGGUGCAAGGAGAUAAGUUGGAGGUUGUGUUUCGCCAGUUUUUAGUAGAAGACCGUGGUGUAGAUGGUAGUCCAUCUUAUGUUGAUUUUCUUUGCCACUUGCAUAGAGAAAUUUCAAAAAAUCUAUGAAAUAUACUCUAGUAAUUGUACAUUAUUGAAUGAAAAGACAUUGGGAGAUUAGGUCCAGAAACUUGUUUUCGUAUAUGUUAAAUAUGUUUGACAUGAACCAGAAACUUUUGUUUUUCUUUUUUAAUCUUUGAAACAUUGCAAUUCGCCGGUUUGAUCAUUGUGCAGUUGCAUUAUUCUGAAAGUAUUUUGGAGGAUAAAUUGUUCUGCUUUUGUAUUUUUCAAACUAAUUAAUAUUUCUGCGUUAAAAGAUAAUGAUACUAAGUAUCUUUGAAUUGUUUUUUAAGAAUAAGCUUACUUACUUGCAAAUCCAUGAUUUUUUUAACUAAAGUAAUAUAUGUAUAAUAAUGUAUGGUUUUUACUAAUAAACAAAUUUUUUUUUUUUUUUUUUUUUUUUUUUUUUUUCAGAAUCACAAUUUUUUAAACAUUUUCCUAAAGAGUAAAGUAAUAAAUUUGUCUCUAUGUGAUGUUAAAUGGUCUUCCUGCAUUUCGGCUAAGAGUUGAAAAUGUAAGAAUUAUUAAAUUCAAAUAUUUUAUAAUGAAAAAGGUUACAGAAAAAAUUAAAUGUUUACUAUAUUAUCUGAUUAUACAGUGGGAAGUAUUAUUGUUAGCUUUUAAAAUGAUACUUGAAUUUUUGUCAUAUAUGACUGAAAAUUUCAUGUCCAUAUCUAUGUUUUUCAGUCAAAAUGAAUUCACUGGAUGAUAUUUCAUUUAGGCUUUUCUACUGGGCAUCCCACAGAGAACAUAAAAUCCUUAAAAAAAUAAAUUAUAGAUAUUUUACUUGUGCUUAUUUAUUUUCAAAGGCUGUUAUUUGUGGAGCUUAGCUGCAAUAAUGAUGUUAUAGUGUUUUCAAUAUUAUUUUUUAAUAUUUUAAUAAUAAAUCAUAAUGUAAUUCUUUUUAAUAAGGCAGCUUGAAAACUUAACAAAGUUUUUGAGUUUCAGUAUUAUUAAUUUAUUUUAAAUACAUUUAAAAAGAUGGUAGUGCCUCCAUAAGUGUUUUGAUUAUACAUGUUAUUAAGACUGGAAAAUACUGUACUUAUCACAGUUUAAUUCUGAUAAGAAUAAUAAUCAGUAUUUUAAAUAAAAAUUAUUAUAUACUUUUUAAAAAAAUGUAAACAUCAGUUUUUCCUGUUAUUUCAAUGCUGUCUUUAUUUUUCAAAAGUUAACUACAGUUACCUGCUAAUAAUGUGCAAGCAUUCUGCAAGAUUAGUUAUGAAAGGAAGAGUGUGAAAUAUCUAUUCCGCCUGAAACUUUGUUUUAAAAUAUGGAAACUUAAAUUUGGUAAGACUUUCAACUUGUGGUUCUAUUUUGGCAAGGUAAGAACUGAAGAGAGUUGGGGAGGGGAUUAGAAAUGAUCUGAAAUUUCACUUAUCCUGAAACCAGUUUAGACACUAAAUUUUUUUUAAAUUAUGUAUUUUCGUAUUUCAUUUGAGUAAUUUAAGUUUUACCACUUGUUGAAGCUCUUCAGUGACAAGAAGGCAUCAUUGAAAUGGCCUUUUUUAAGUUCUACUUUGUGUUAUAGAUUCAGUUCAUAAGUGCAAUUUCUUUAUAUCUGAAAAGACAAAAAUUUCUUGUUUAAAUGAAUCUAAAAACAGGGUCACUUAAUCUGUAGAUCUGUGCUGUUUAAUUUAAUUAAUAUAAAUUAUUUAGUUAUUUUUAAAACGCUUUGAAUAAUUUACUAAAAAGUUGCAUUUAAGUAAUUUUAGAUGACAUUCCUGAAAAGCAAAGUUAUAUGUAAAAUCAACAGUGCAGAGACAUUAAUUUUUAGUUGAAUGUUUUAAUUUUAAAAAAUUCUUCAGUAAUGAAAUUUUAUAUCAGUUAUUGAGCAUUUAUUUUUCAUAUUUUGUAAAUAGUGUUGAUAUUUUAUUUUGCAUUUAUGUAUAUAAGAUUUAAACCUUCAAUUAUACAAAUAUGAUAAUUUUUAUAUUGCUUUAAUUUUUUGUAUGAUUCUUAAAACAAGUUCUUGUUCCUUAAAUUUCCAAAAAUGGUUUUUGAGAGAAUUUUACUGUGAAAAAAUAACUGUGUUUUUCAAUUAUAUAUAUAUAUAUAUAUGCAUAUAUGUAUUUCAAGAACUAUAGUUAAAUCUAUUUAAGAAGCUUUAAUUAAUCUUAUUGAAAUGUUGUUAUUGGUGUUUGUUGUUUAUCGUAUGCUUAAGAUUUUGGAAGGCACAUUUAAAUGCUUUCUCUAAUGUUUUUAUCAAUAUUAUGAAUAUUUUUGUGAAAUUAAAGAAUAUAUUUUAUAAACAAACAAUUUUUAUUCCUUAUGUAUUUAUGGUGAAUUUGUAAUUGCAUUUUCUGGGAUAAUUUGUAUUUUUCUUUUUUCUUUAAAUAUAACAAGAUUCCAAAAAGGA